GACAAAUCAGAAAGGGGGGCGAAGAGCGAGAGGAGGGAACUGCCGUGCUACAGUCAGAACAGGAAGCCCGUUGUCAGCUGAGCGAGACCGAGAAAGAGAGGGCUGGGAGGUCAUAUGGGGAAAUAAACACACGUCCUCCUCACACCAUCACACAGAUCAACAAGACCGUGGGAGUCAUGUCAACUAUUAACUGUAGCUUGAGUAAAGCCUCUCAUAUCAUAGCGUAGGAGUCCAACUGAGCCUUCCCGUCUCCUGUAGUCAGAGAGAAGACUGAGGUGAUGAGGGACACCAGACGUGUGCUGACAUCAUCUACAGUAUGACCCUGGUUAUCUGAGAACUAAAACAUACAUUGGACAUGGAUUGGACCUUUUGGAUUUCCAUUCUCCUGAUCAGCUCAGACUAUGUGUCAGGUAAAGACCUACCGAUGCCAGUCAAUCUGAUGGUGGACAUAUGGGACGGGGAGGUGACGUUGCUCUGGGACCCCCCUGAAGGGGCCCCGCCACUGGCUCAGUACCAGGUGCAGAUGGCCAGGUAUGUCAAUAAUAAUUGGACCAACGUGACCAGCUGUGACAGGACCGAGCUGACAUAUUGUGACCUGUCCUACCUUAUCGAUGACUUCUUCAUGAUCUACAAGGUCCGGGUUCGACUGGUCACUGAGAACAGCAUCUCUGCAUGGUCACAGCCGAAGAAGUUCAACCUCAGAGAAAGUAAACUGCAGCAUCCCUCCAGUACGCUGUUGGCCACCUCCAGUUCAGUAACAGUCCUUGUUCACAGGAAGCCAUUAUUAAAAAAGAUCUUCCCAUUUGGCCUGACUUACACUAUCUACCUACAGGGAAAAGGGCAGGGCCACAAGACCGUCAUCCGGCAUUUGAAGGAUGAAGAUGACGAGGAUAAGCCGGAGGUUCGGUUUACGUCUCUUGACUGGGGACAGGAGUACUGUGUCAGCCUCAAAGUCGCAGGCAAUGGAGGAGAAUUCACCAGUGAGCUCUCCCCUGAACAGUGCCUCCUUCUGCCGGAGCAAGAGUGGUAUAUCCUUGCUGUGGUGUCCUUCUCCAUCCUAAGUGUGAUGGGGGUCCUGGUCAUCCUGUCCCUUUGCCUUUGCUACUUCCUGAUGCGCCCUGAGAAAAUGCCUGUUGCACUGAAAUCCCCAGGCAGCGGCUGGCAGCCUCUCUGUGUGGGAGUUGACCCAGUGGAGAUCGUCACAGACAAAGGCUGGUUCAUGAACACCGCAAGAACUGAUGCCAUGGUCUGGUUGGCUGACGAGAGGACAACUACAGCAGGCAAGGGAGAGCUGGAAGAAGGAGAGGACAGAAGAGCGGGUCUGGACAGUGGGGCUUGCACUCAAUCACACAUUUCUGGGAAUGGAAAGGGAGGAAGUCCGGCAAAGCAAGAAGACAGUGGCUGUGGAAGCCUGGGAGCACCAGAGAGUGCCAUCAGCAGCAGUAGUGGAACUGGAGAGCCGCUCCUGCUGGAUGGGACGAUGAACACAGACAUCAACCUGAAAGAGGACAGUGGGGUGGGGCUGGGCUGCCAGUUAGGGUGUGCUGGUAGUCUACAGGGGGAGGACUGUGGAAUCUUGCCUGAGAUGGAAAUGGUCACAGAGGAUGGCUACCGGAGCCAGAGUCCCUCUUCGGUGGACACCCAUGUUUUUGAGACAGAGCAGAGAUUUCAACAAAUCUCAUGCGAAACAGUUAUGGCUGAUCCUGUUGUGGGAUACAAGUCUGGUCACAUAGCAUGCGUUUGUUUAGGGACAAGCCAAUGUGUUUGGUGCCAGACAAGAAGACACAAUGAGGGGAGCGUCGACGGACAGUCUGUAGCCCUGUUUAGUUUGACAGAGGAGCAGCUAGGCUGCAGCAAUCUCACAGGUGACAUAUGCGAGAUGGAAUCUACAAGCUCUAGCUAUAAAAAGACCAAUCUCCAAGUAGACACAGUGGUAAACUUGGAGGACUCAGUAACCUUUUCCUACCUGCCUACAUGCAUAGGGGAAUCGUUCCCGCUCCUGGCGGCUUUAUCAGAGUUGCCCCUAGUGGAGGGAGGGCUGAACUGCAGCGUGAACACUUGGCUUCCUUCUCUGGGUGAUUUGGAAGUGACAUUUGAUUGACAAGGUCCACAAACUGAGGACACUGUGUGACACACAGAAGGGUUUGUUUAGCACUCUAGACUGUGGGGAGUCAUGCAAUAUGUCCACAAACCCUUUUUAUGCUAUUUCAAGUAAACUCUCCUUUUCCUAAUGUCAUGACUGUCCUGAUCAGGUCAGGUUACAGGAGACCACACCCCUCCAGCUUAUCUCUCAACCCCAACAGAUGAGGAGAGAUCUAGGGGUCUGAAGAUGUGGGGGUUUUCUGACCCCUCACACCCAUGGUAAUUCUGAGGCCACAGAAAACCUUCCCUCUCACUAUGGAGAACCAGCCUCAGAACAUUAAACAUGCAAUAAAGGGACUUUGGAACAAUGGUUUCCGUCAACUACAAUGGUGGUCAUGACGAUAGAUGGAAUAUGAAAAUGUAUGUCAUUUUUGUUUUGUUAUUAAAGAUUAAUAGAUGACGUUAUUAUGAAAACAUUGUAACGUUAAGAGUUUUCCUCGUAUAUGCUUGAUGUUUAUACAUUGUACGUUGUGUGGAAAAUGUCCAAAUCAAAGAGAAUGUUUCGGUAGAGAUGAAAUGUGAAGUUAGAUGUCUAAAAUUGGAUUUGAGUAAAAUCUAGACCUUGCCCCUCAAACUUGGUACGCCCAGAGAAUUGCCCUGAAUGCGGUAACGCCCACUUCUGACCCGAGGGUAUAAAACCUGUGAGUGCAGAAUUAACAUACAUGACUAAGUGACCCGAGUUGCAGCCAAAGGUCUAAAAGGUCAACGAACCCAAAACGCAACAAGGUGAAGACAAAGAAAUAUUUUUCUACCCAAGCUACGGAUGAGUAGCGUGUCUAAGCGGGUGUAUUCAAGCCGAACCACCUAGCCUCCACUCCCCAUCGAAUCGUUGUAUCUACACUCUUUCAUCUUUACGCUGUGAGCUCUGAGCUACAGAGCUAUCUGUCCUCCGAAGACCCCUUCCAGAGCGAGGACAAAGGAACAGGCCAGUAAAGCCAAAGGACACGGACAUCGUGAGGACACCUAGAGAGGUGCGCAGGAGAAGUGCGUCAUUGAGCAGCUUGAACGGUCCACGCGGGAAAAUCCACGGAGACCUUCCACAAGUAAUUACAUCAUUAUAUUCUGACUCAUAACAGCGGCAGUUUGGGGCAAGGCUAGGGUUAGAAUGAGCAUAGCUGACAAUUUCACCCAAAUGUAUAUUCCUCUUGUGUACUUUCUCUCUCUUUUAAAUCCCCAUUUUGGGUAACACGCGCCCUAGUGUGUUGGCCCGUUAUACUAAGUUCUAAUCAAUAGCCUAGAAUGCGUUUUUGUGUAUGUGUAUCUUUUAUCAUCAUUUUAGCUUUUUAGUAAAUAAACAUUCAACUAAGAUUGGUGUGGGGCGAAUUCAUUAGUGAGACCCGGGUCCGUGCAGAAUCCCGGGCUAUACGACGUUCAGAACGAGACUGUUAGAGGCAACUGGUUUAAUUAGCGGCUGUGGUAAAAUCGAUAUUCUGAUCUUCUUUGAGUUAAUUUGGGAAAUAGAAACUCAAUAAAAACUAGUUUUCCCAGGUUAAUGAGUUAAUAAUUGCUUGAUUCAGUUAAUCACGUAAUUAGAAACUUGUAAUCAUUCGAUGAGCAACAGUCGCCACAUUAACUAAUACAACGUCACGACACUAACUGUAAAGAUCAGCAAUCUUAAUUCUAUUUGUGGCUAUUUAAAUAUUUUUGGAGCCUUUUGGCAUGGGUCCUCAGAUCCUCAAAAAGUUCUACAGCUGCACCAUCGAGAGCAUCCUGACUGGUUGCAUAACCGCCUGGUAUGGAAACUGCUCGGCCUCCGACCGCAAGGCACUACAGAGGGUAGAGCGUAUGGCCCAGUACAUCACUGGGGCCAAGCUUCCUGCCAACCAGGACCUCUAUACGAGGCGGUGUCAGAGGAAGGCCCAAAACAUUGCCAAAGACUCCAGCCACCUUAGUCAUUGACUGUUCUCUCUGCUACCUCUACCUACAUGUGCAUAUUACCUUAACUACCCAGACUAACCGGUACCCCCUGUAUUUAGCCUCGAUACUGUUAUUUUAAUGUUGCUCCUUAAUUAUCUUUUAUUUGUAUACUUUUUCUUUGUACACUUUCUUAAUAACACUUUUUUCUUAAAACUGCAUUGUUGGAUAAGGGCUUGUCAGUAAGCAUUUCACUGUAAGGUCUACCUACACCUGUUGUAUUCGGUGCAUGUGACAAAUAAAAUGUUAUUUUAUUUG